CUGUCCCUUCGCCCCCGCCGGGCGGGGUGCUUGUCCCUGGGGGCGCCGGGGCCGCCGCCGGGGCCCCGCGAUGUGACCAUGGACAGCAGGUUCAAGGAAAAUCCAGAACGUACCUUUGAUUUGGUACUGAAAGUAAAAUGCCAAGCUUCUGAAAAUGAAGAUCCAGUGGUACUGUGGAAGUUCCCGGAGGACUUUGGAGACCAGGAAGUGCUGAACAGCGUUCCAAAGUUCUGCUUUCCUUUUGACAUUGAAAGGGUGUCCCAAAACCAAGUAGGACAGCAUUUCACCUUUGUGCUCACCGACAUUGAAAGUAAGCAAAGGUUUGGAUUUUGCCGUUUGACGUCAGGAGGCAAGGUCUGCCUCUGUAUUUUAAGUUAUUUACCAUGGUUUGAGGUAUACUACAAGCUCCUAAAUACCCUGGCAGAUUAUUUGGCUAAAGAACAGGAAAAUGACUCAAAUGAUUUGUUAAAAUCAUUGUAUAGCCAUCCUGUGCCAAAGGCAAAUGCUUUAGUCAGUUUAAGUGUGAACCAAGAGAUGAUUUUUACAAGUGAGCAAGUUUUGAAAAAACAGCCUUGUCUUGUAUCGCACUCGUAUUUCAUUACUCCUGAUUUAACUGGAUUGCCAACAAUCCCUGAAAGCAGAAACCUCACUGAAUAUUUUGUUGCUGUGGAUGUGAACAACAUGCUGCAACUUUAUGCCAGUAUGUUGCAUGAGAGAAGAAUCAUUAUUACCUCAAGCAAACUAAGCACUUUAACUGCUUGUGUUCAUGCGUCAGCUGCAUUGUUAUAUCCAAUGUAUUGGCAACAUAUUUACAUCCCAGUGCUUCCUCCACAUCUUCUGGACUACUGCUGUGCUCCGAUGCCUUAUCUAAUUGGCGUCCAUUUAAGCUUAAUAGAGAGAGUAAAAAGUAGAUCACUGGAGGAUGUGGUUUUGCUAAAUGUUGACACAAACACUCUAGAAACCCCUUUUAAUGACCUGAACAACCUACCUGGUGAAGUGGUCUCGGCCUUGAAAAAUAAACUGAAAAAGCAGUCCACAGCUACGGGCGAUGGAGUAGCCAAGGCCUUUCUUCGGGCACAGGCAGCACUGUUUGGAUCCUACAGAGAUGCACUAAGAUACAGACCAGGAGAGCCUAUAACUUUCUGUGAGAAUAGUUUUGUGAAACAUCGUUCCAGUACAACUAAGCAGUUCUUGGAAACUGCUGUUAAUCUUCAACUGUUUAAACAGUUUAUUGAUGGUCGACUAUCAAAAUUAAAUGCAGGAAGAGGAUUCUCUGAUGUUUUUGAAGAAGAAAUCACGGCAGGAGGCUUUUGUGGAGGAAAUUCAAGAUCUUACCAACAGUGGAUGCAUACAGUGAAGAAAGGCGGUGCACUGAUCAACACAGCGAUGACCAAAGCCACUCCGGCUGUGAAAACAGCAUAUAAAUUUGCAAAAAACCAGGCAAGGCAAGGAAUAAAAGAAGUGAAGAGUAAGUUAAAACACAAGGAGAGUGAGGAUGAGUAUGGAACUUGCAGUGCUGGUGCAGUACAGACUGUUCCCAUCUACACAUCACAUUAUGAGAAAAGAACAAGCUCAGAAAAACGAAGACUGGCACAGACUCGUUUCAACCAGCAUCUCAGUAACCAGGAUUUUGCCUUGGAUGAAGAUGAUGAUGAUGAAAUGGAGAGAACGAGCAAGUUAUCAUCAGAAGACAGUGAAGAAGCUUCUGCUUACUUUUAUGAUAGUGAUGGUUCUGGUGAAACAGGAAUAAUUCCUCAGCAUCAAGGAGAAAUGGACUUGCUUGGGGAGAUCCUGGACACACUGAGCACACACAGUUCAGAUCAAGGAAAACUCUCAGGAGCAAAGAGCCUGGAUUUCUUUAGGUCAAUGGAUGACAUUGAUUACAAGACUGCGAACAAGUCAAAUGCACCUAGUGAGAGCAACCUUACCCUGCUCUGCAGCAGUGCUAAUGAUCAAGCAGAGUGGAACCUCGGCCAGGAUGACAGUGUCCUCCAUUGGAAGCAGCUCCCUCCAUCACCAAGGAAGCAAGUUUCUUCUGGUGGCCAGAGAGAAUCUCUCACAAGGCUGGAAGAAGAAAAGAGUGACAAAACCCUUAUUACUGACAGGAUGGACACCACUAGUAUGACAUCCCCAUCUUCAGUACGACCAAGUGCUCAGUUUACUUCCCUAGGAAGUUUCAAAGCAGGCUAUUCUUCCUGUAAGCAUGCAAAGCAGAACGAAACACUAAGCAGUACCUCAGAAGAUCAGCUCCCAGGAAGUCUUGCUCAACAUCCAUCCAUUCUGGUCCCUUGGGAGAAAGAUGGGAAGGAAGGAGAUGAAAGUCCGGAAGAGGGUGGUCUUCUUCAAGAAGUGGUGUCAUUAUGUAAACUGAGUUCUGCUUUUCACUAUGGUUUAAAUAUUUCAAAGGAUAGCUUAUCCAGCAGUAGCAGUGGAAAUAAAACGUAAGAAAACUAUGAGAAGAGAAACUUGACUCCCAUUAGAAGUUAAAGGGAGACUACUCAGGACUCCAUAUAACUCCAUAUAACAUGAUAACCAAAAGAUGAAAAAGGAAUAAGAGAUCUAAGUUAUGAAAAUAAUUCUCUUCAGUUGAGUAUGCAUUUUCUGCCAUUGGGACAUCUGCUUCUAUGUUUACUCAGUUCAUUUGUUGGCUGUAGUUAGGUCCAAAAAAUGAAACUAAAUAUAUGAAUGCACUCUUAAAUCA